CACACCAGCUAGCUUCGAUCCAGAGCGUUCACCGCUCCAAAUUUGGGGUUGGAUAGAGGGAUUGACUUGGGAGAAAAGAUUGACAGGAAGCUUGACCGCGGUAUGAACUUCAGCUGGCAGUGACUGUGGUGAGAUGAGUAUGAGGAGAAACGGACUCUCUUCCUCUUCUUCUUCUCGUGUUCUGAGCGGAGCUGCUGUUGCUAAUAGUUAUGUGUGAGGAAAAGGCGGAAGUUGCCGAGACAACACAGCGAUAAAGGUUCGUGCUGGUGUGGAUACUUCCAUUUAUUGUGUCGCGCAGCGUGGGAAGAACUGCUCCGUGGAGUUUGACUCGGUGAAAGGCUCUGCAGCAAACCGGAGCCAUGAGCAGGGAGCUGAACGUGCCAAUGGGCUCCCCAGAUCCAGGAGUCUCGGAGCCGGGUCAGGACCGAGGGGGGAUGGACUAUCGGGACUGGGUGCGGCGCAGUUACCUGGAGCUGGUCAGCUCUAACCAUCACUCGGUUCAAGCGCUGUCCUGGAGGAAACUGUACCUGAGCAGAGCCAAGCUGAAGGCGUCCAGCAGGACAUCUGCGCUGCUCUCUGGCUUCGCCAUGGUGGCCAUGGUGGAGGUGGAGCUGGAAAUGGAGUACACUUACCCCCACGUGCUGCUCAUUGCCUUCAGCGUGUGCACCACCGUGCUGGUGGCCGUGCACCUCUUCGCUCUGCUGAUCAGCACCUGCAUCCUGCCCAACGUGGAGGCCGUCAGCAACAUCCACAACCUCAACUCCGUCAGUGAGUCGCCACACGAGCGCAUGCACCACUACAUCGAGCUGGCCUGGGGCUUCUCCACCGCCCUGGGCAUCCUGCUGUUCCUCACCGAGGUGGUUCUCCUCUGCUGGAUCAAGUUCCUGCCCGUAAACUCUGGCGGGGUCAAAAAGGUCUCCACCACGUCGACCCCGCCUGCCAACAACGGCUGGCAGGCGGCGCUGGCCUCCACCAUCAUCAUGGUCCCGGUGGGGGUGAUUUUCAUUGUGUUCACCAUACACUUCUAUCGCUCUCUGGUGCGCCACAAGACCGAGAGACACCACCAGGAGAUCGAAGAACUGCACAAGAUUAAGAUCCAGCUGGACGGCCACGAGAGUGGCCUCCUGACUGUGUGACAACGACGACUUCCACUUGUUUCUCAUAUUUAUGAAGCCUCACUCCUCUGACGUUUGUUCAGAUCGCCGGUGUCGCCUCACCCAGACUCAGGCUCCUCUGGGCUGUUACACGUCAGACUCUUAACUUAUUCUUAAGGUCAAUUUGUGUUGUAAGAUUUUUUUCCGUAAACUUAGUCUGUUUUUUGAUCUGUAAUCUCUGUCAGUCAACGGUUACAGUCAAAGGGCUAUUAGGUUCAAUGUGCCAUUUUUGUUUGUGUCGACGUGGUCGGAGUUUGAUGCAGGUAACGGUUCAAGUCGGAGUCUUUUCUCUGUUCUCAAUGAGUCUCUGAUUGAACACUCACUUGUGUUUGAAAACAGAAGACAGGUUUGGCGACACUUUACAGCAACAGUAUGGUAAUAGUAUGGUAAUUAUUCUGCUCCCCAUCAUCUUAUUAGUUUUUAUGUGGCAACGUUACAGCGCCACAUACAGGCCUGGCAUAUAUAUACUACAGCGUUUUGUGUGUAUGCAGUUAUUUCUUGAAACAGUGCCGUUUUUAUGAAACAAAAAAGACAAAUAUUGUGUAGGCAAAGUUCUGUUUCUGUGUAGAUUAGGUCUAUCUGCAUAUGUUAAUGCUGCAGCCGUGCUACUGACACGGAGCAGAGGAGAUCGACAGAGAACGCAGAAAAAAAACACAUCAUAUUUUAAAGUUUGUGUGGCAUAUUUGUCCGUUCACAUGAUGAUAUUUAAGUAUUAAAGACUUAAAUCGCAAAUAAAUAUUAUAAUGAAUUGAAAGCAGUCGGUAGGCACCAUUUUUAUCUACAUCUUUUAUCUAUAAACUCGUAAAUUAAGCGAAGAUGCAUUUCACCUUAUAUAUUGUAAUUGCCAGUUUGUACACUGAUAGUAGCCCACAGUAAUUAUUAUUACCAUGGUAUUGCCUGGAAGUCACACUGGAAAUAUUGUGUAUUACUGUAAUAAUCUAUCCUUAUUACAACACUAUUACAUUAUAAUUACACUUACCAACACAAAACUGCCAUCAAUAUUUCCGAUAUGCCAUGAAAUAUUGCAAUUUUUCUGGGAAUGUUUAUUUUCUUACACCCCUUUACAAAUAGUAUAGUAUUGCCAACUGAUGAUAAAGUUAUAACCAUACUUUGACCAUGUUGUUACUGUACUGUUAAUGUAUAGAAUUCAAAUGGCCGCCAGUAGAGUAAACUAAUUAACAUUAAUGCCAUGAGGAAAUUGCUAAAUUUAAUGUGGAUAUUUUUAAAAAAUAUAUAUAUGUAUAUUAUUUUCUGCUUUUGAUGCUGGUGUUUAUGGUUCGGGCAAAGAUGACGUUUGCACCGUUGAGCUAAAAACGUGAAAAUGUGAUUUUAAACAAGUUUUUAAAAGGUUUACUCGAUUAUUCUGCACGUCUUGAGUAAGGCUUGAGUAAGAUAAAAUAAACAGUCUUAAACAGACAUAGUCAAAUGCUGCCGAGCCUUAACUCUACUCCCUCGUGGAUCACAACACACACUCGUCUUAACUGUUAAAAGUCAAGUGUUUGACUGUGUUGUGGUUGAUUUUGUGUGUUUUCGCUCAUGUAUGUGCACACACAAGGAGAAACGACGACCGCCAUAGUUUAUAAACUGUCAAAAGUCUUAAAUGUUCUUGUAAAAUAGCAAAGAGGUUUCUCUGUCUGGGUUUUUUUUCUUCCUUCCUGCAGCUUUUUUGUCUUUUUUUUUUUUUUUUUUUACAGAGACCACAUAUCCUGUUGAAAAGGCGUCAAACCGGUCACACUGAUGCUGCUUAAAUAUGAAUGUGCUACUGUCCAAAUAUCCUUCUGCCUUACAGAAUCAUUGCCUUUUCAUGUGUUGCUAAAUGUUUUAACACAAGCAUAUGUUUUUUCUUUUUUUUACCGCUUUCUUUCUUCAUUGGAAAUAUAAGGUCAGGUCCUGGUUCGCAGGGAGAAAAGGUCAAAGUGGAAAAAUGAACAGCACAUUGAAAUUGUGUUUUGUUAAGGGUUUUGUUUUUUGUUUUUUUAAAAAAGAGGGAAAACCUGUUAUGACAUUCCAAAUAAGAUGCCUGACCAAAGUGUCGCUCAUAUGUUUUUUUGUUUCUCCGUAGAGGAAAAAGUGCACUUGUAGUUUAGUCCAAACAGAAAGUUACUCGUCAGAAAAACUGUUGCUAUGUCUCAUGUUUGUGGAUUUGUGCUUUUUUUGAUUGAAAACGGCAGAGAAUCAACCUGCAAAAGAUUAAAAAAAAAUAAACUAAUAUAUAAUAACUGGA